AGAAGUAAGAAGGGGAAGUAUACUACUCCAUCAGUUGGAGCUCGGCCAGUCAGUCGCUAUGCAAACCUGAUCAGGAACACAUUGCUGGAACCUUACUCUCAAACCGGCGAUCUUAUAUGUCUUUGCAUUAUAUAUCUGGUGAUUUUAUCGGUUCAAGGUGAGAUUGCAGAGCUGAGCUGCGAGGUUGUGAACCAUUUGGAUAUUCUCUUCUCACCGGGAUAUAAAGUUUAUUAUUAUUUUCUUACGUGGUGACGGUUGCCAAUCAUAAAAUGGAUUUUGUUUGGAUGUGAUUAUAAUAUUUCCCAGGAUUUGGUUCAGUAUUACCAAGGUAAAGGUUGAGGCAAGAACUAAUUAGCAAACGAGCCUCAUUUGUGGCAUCUCAGUCGGUAGUCUCAUCCCGAGAUUCUUGCGUUGCCAUGGAGAUGAUGGAGACGUCAACGCAGUAUCACGGAAGGCUAGGCGGCUCACUGUGUUCCAUUAACGAUCAUCACAUGGCGCUUGGCCGGCUGAGCAAGGGGAACAGUAGCGAAGACACGUCUAGUGACGACGUGGACUUGGAUGCCCUAGUUAACGGCAUGAAUUCCUUUCCUACAUAUAACGAAGAUAGGCCUUUGUUGGCCAGCACCGAGUCGUUAAACAACCAUCUAUCGGCACAGCAGGGCGGUCUGAAUGGAAUCUACUUGUGUCGGCAAGCCAGUCAGCCAGCCACGCCCACGAGAACACAACCCACCUCACCCCACAAUCAAAACCAUAGCAACAAUCAUCACGUCACCAACAACCACCACCAUCACCACCACCAAAGGCAUCAGCUGCAACACAGCUCGAGUCUCACCUCUCGGUUCAUUCCGCGCCUCGACCGCGAGUGGAGGAGCAAGUCGAUGCCGGAGGAUCUGCGAGAGCCGGUGGCCACCGCCCCGCUCAGCUCGUCGUUCCCGCAGAGAGGGCAGAGCGAGAGCAGCAGCGGGGGCAGCGAUGGCGACGAGGCUCAGGUACCCGACCCUUUCCCGGAGUUGGGCGGAUGCAGUCCAAGAUGGAAAACAACACUGGGCUCAGCUGUGGUAUGUUGCUCACAAUUUUAUAAGACACCUUGUCAAACGUAAGAGCUUCAUCUCUCCUGCCGGCUUGUCACUGGCAGCUUUCCAUAGCCAAUCCUCACAUUUCAUCACAGAUUUAAUGAUGGAAAAUAAUGCAGUGGAAACAGAGCUGCCAACCAGUAUGUUUUUGGCGUAUUUAGUACGUUUUUUCAACCAAAAUAUGACAGUACGUUUUUAAUUUUAAAAAUAUGAUUUCGUUUAAAAAAAAAAACAUUUUUUUUAAUCGUAAUUUAUUGAGAAAAAUCAUCUCUAUAUGUCUCUAUUUCAUGAAACUUACAAAAAAAUAUGGUUAUUGGAUCAAUGUAAUUUCAGGUAACUUUUUUUUUUCAAUCAUUUUAUUAAAACCAGGGUGAGAUAUACACGUGUUUCAAUGUUUUUUUUUUUCAUCUGCAAGAGCAGUGCGCAAUUUAGCUUGCAUGCAGCUUGAGCAUCGCGAUGAGCAUGCGCGCCAUGCAUUUUAUUAUGAAAUACAGUUUUUUGGGGAAUAAUACAUUUUUUUUAAGUACAAUUUUUCAUUCCCAGAGGUUGGCAGGUCUGUGGAAAGCUGUGAAAAGAGCAUAGUGCCUUGAUUCUUGCUAAAAGAGGAAGCACUGACUUAUAACAAGUUGCCUGAUGUAACUUCUGGGUCAAGGGUUCGAGGAUAAUAUUGAAUAAAUUUAGAAUGUUUUCUUGAUAGAAAGAAAAGUGUGCAAUAGGUGGGUUCAGACCGCCUCGAAGAUCGUCAGUUCCAGGUAUUUUCUGAUCGGGAAAUUUACCCCGAUCAGAAAAUACCAGGUAAUAUUGGCAAUGUGAAAGCAAAUUACGCGUAAUCUUCCCGAAAGAAAAUACCCACUAAAUAGUAGGUACUUGUCAAAAUUACGAGAACUUUCGUGGGGAUUUUUCCCAAGGUCGCAGGUAUUUUGGCAAUGUGAAAGAAAUUUACUGGAACUUUUAGCCUAGCAUGUAGUUGGGAGCAGGCGCCUUGGGUGGCUGCUGAGCUAGUGAUUUUGGAUCUCACGCCUUGCUUGCUAAUCAGACCAUAAUGCGCAUGCUCGUAACUUCAGGAACUUAUCCCGUGGGUAUGUUUCGGGGCGGGGUGAAUGCAGGAAUAAUUAAUGGGUAUUUUUUAGCCUUAAAAAGUUCUCGUAAUUUAACGGGGAUUCUCAUGAUCGAGGCGGUUUGAAACCACCUAAUAUCAAUCCUGUGUUUUGAACAAACAUUGCUUCUUACAAUAUUGAAGACAUCAAGGUCACCCACUGACUAUGGAGAGGAAAAUUUUGAGUUUCACAAAAAUCAUAUUUAUAAAGUUAUUUUCACACUCCCCCUAGAUGCAUUAAUAAAAGCAAAGGUUUAUUGGACUCUUCAAAGAACUACAUGUAUAGAAAGUGCAUGAAUGAUUUUUUUUUUAAGAUUUCAGCUGAGUGCACCACCGUAUGGGAUACCUUUGUGCCUUGUGGAGUUUGUUUAAGGAAUCAUAACAAAGUCUCAGCAAAAGUGCUUUUGCACUACUUUCCUUCUGUCUAGGGAGUCAUUCAAGGCAGCUGGAAUCUCCUGCAGACUAGCCAUAAAUUUUCAUCAUCGGUUCUGCUCCAUCCCCCUGCAUCACAGGCAGCUGUAAAUCAAGGCGCACUUGUAUCCAUCCAUCCAUUGGUCACAGAAAGCUGAGAGUUUGUCCCAAAGCCAUAAACCCCUCAGUCACACGGGCCGAAACCGACUCCAGACCGACACAUAUACCGUCGAAUCAGUUUGGAGUCGACGUGAUUAUUGCAUAAUAGUUCAUCCAAUUGUGUAGGCUUAUGUAUUGAGUUUUUCAUGUGUGAAUGUGUUUGAAUGAAGAAAAAAACCUUUGCCUUAUUGUUAAAAAAAAAUUGAAAUACAAUUUUAGUCAGUCGUACAACUCCUGCGAAAGAAAUUGGUUCCUCUCUUUCAGAGAGAUCUGCAUGUGAACACUGUUAUAGAUUAGAUGCAAGAGAAACCUCAUGUAGGCCUACUUGUACACAAGGUGUAUGCAGACCGCCUUGAUCACCAGAAUACCAGAACUUGUUCAGGCUCAAAAUGCCCAAUAAUUAUUUUCUGCAUUUAUACCGACCCUAUUAGAGCAGACCCUUUGGGGGUAAGUUUUCAAAGUUACGAGCAUGUGCACUAUGGUCAGAUUAGCAGGCAAGGCGCACAGUUCAAAAUCGCUCACUCAGCCCUACAUGUAUGGUGUCUGUGCUUAACUAAUUGCUGGAUUGGGAAAGUUCGUGUAAUCUUGGCAAGUACCUACUAUUUAGCAGGUAUUUUCUUUCAGGCAAUUCAAAUCGCUUGCUCAGCAGUCCUAUGGUGCCCGCGCCCGACUAUCGGUGGGUUGAGAAAGUCCUCUUGAUUCCGGCACGUACCUACUAUCUAGCAGGUAUUUUUAUUUUGGGGAUAUGUAGGUAUUUUGCUUUCACAUUGGCAAAAAUACUUGGUAUUUUCUGAUCGGGGUGGAUCAUGGUAAAUUUCCUGAUCAGAGAAUACCUGGAACUUAUGAAUUGCGGGGUGGUCUGACUCGUGACAAAUUCCCAGUUUUGAGAAUAUUUUCCUCUUGUGUAAUAACCUUUAUGCAAUUUCCCCUCCUACACUGUCCUAGUUCCUGACAUAACAUGCAAUGAGCAUAAAUAGACAGUAUAUUUAAUUUCAAAGAU